UUUAUGCGCUAUUGCGUAUUGAAUAUGCAUAAGGUGAUGUGUAUGUGAAAAUGAUUCAUGUGCGGUUGUUUAUGUAAUGCGACGAUUCUUAUUGUUAUUUCGUCAAACGCAGUUCGAUGUAAAUCCACAUCCAGUGCAUACAGUAGCCGAAAUAGCAUAAAUAAAAGAACAAUCUUAUGACACAACCGGACGAUUGUAUAACGGUGGGAGUGAGAGUUUCAAAACGGGCGGGAAUACAGUUGUUGCCAACAUAUAUUUGUAUCAAAACUUCUGGGGCCCAUCAAAAGAAAAUGGUGGAUGGUUAAACAUCACUGACGUUUGGGUCAAUGUUUUUUUUGUGCGAAAUUUAGGCGGUUUCGGGUCGUGAUUGUUGUUGUUCUGGUCUCAGGUGUCCUCAGUCUAGUAUCCAGCAAACGAAGGUUAGUUGAAAGCUAAAAAGUGUACUAGAUUUAGCCACCGACUGAUAACCAAGAAAAGUGCCCGAAAGAACGAAGAACCGAGAGAAAAAAAGAAGAAGAAAGAAAAGCGUGCAAGGAAAUUAUGUGCAAUUGAGCAGAAAGUAAAUCAUUCCGGAAUGACCAGCCAGAAUCUGCAUAACUCCCUCAGCCAGAGGUAUCAACCACUAGCUAUUGUCUCUCCAUUCCAGGAAGUCGAGAGCCAGUGGACGACAAGCAAUGCUCCCUCACCAGUACCUCCAAUUGUACCUGCCAGAGGAAUAAAGAGGAACAACCCCAGUGAAUGCAUUCGAACACAUGACACAACUUCUCACAUAGCAUCUGAGCCUUGGUCACAAGAGCAUAAUCCAGAUGCAACAAACCUCAUGCAUGACUGCAAUCUUUUACUAGCACCUCAAAACAAUAUGAACAUCGAUUGCAACCUAAAAAAUUUUGGUAACAAUGGACAUGAUGUAAAUGUUAACCGAGUCCAAAGCCCUAUUAGAACUGAUGUUAAAUUUAAUUCUAUGCCAUGGUUUCAUGGAAAAAUAUCGCGUGAUCAAGCCGAAUUACUACUUCAACCUCGCGUCGAUGGCCUGUUUUUAGUUAGGGAGUCCACGAAUUUUCCAGGCGAUUACACGCUCUGUGUAUGCUUUCAAAAUAAGGUGGAACAUUACCGUGUUAAGUACCAUGAGAGAAAUUUGACUAUAGACGAUGAAGAGUUUUUUGAGAAUCUCGAGAAGCUGAUUGAGCAUUACAAGAACGAUGCGGACGGGUUAUGUACGCAGCUUAUCCACUGUCUACCUAAAGAAAUUCCGAAGAAGGAACCUUUGCAGAUUCAAAAUUCUCCUCACAUCGAUGAUCUGUUUAUAAUCGCUGAGCAGGAGCUGGAGACAUUGGAGAAAAUUGGUAAAGGCGAGUUCGGCGAAGUCCUUCUGGGCGAAUGGAAAAAGCAAAAGGUCGCAGUUAAAGUACUAAAAGAUUCUAGUGAAGCUGAAGCCAUCUUGAUGAAAUCUUUACAUCAUGAAAAUCUAGUUAAUUUGUUGGGCGUGGUUCGCAAAAAGGACCAGAUUUACUUAGUCACCGAAUACAUGAGUAAAGGAAGUUUAGUAGACUAUUUGCGGUCACGUGGCAGGCUUCAUGUUACUAAGAGAGAUCAGAUUAACUUCGCCUUCGACACCAGCGCAGGCAUGGAAUACCUGGAACGAAUGCACGUUGUACAUAGGGAUUUAGCAGCGCGGAACGUUCUCAUUUCGGAAAAUGGUGUCGCCAAAGUCUCUGAUUUCGGCUUAGCCAGAAAUGAAAAGAAUACUGCUUUAGAGUCCGCCAAGUUACCCAUUAAAUGGACUGCACCCGAAGCUCUCAAACAAAAUAAAUUCUCCAACAAGUCCGAUAUGUGGAGCUUCGGGAUUUUACUUUGGGAAAUUUAUUCAUUUGGACGAGUUCCCUAUCCGCGUAUUCCAUUAGCUGAUGUGGUGAAGCACGUCGAGAAAGGUUAUAAAAUGGAAGCUCCGGAAGGAUGUCCACCUGAGGUUUAUGAAAUUAUGCGGCUGGCUUGGGAUUUGAAUCCGGAAAAGCGUCCGAAAUUCCAGGACGUUAAAGCUAAACUGGAGAUUUUGAAGCAGCAAACACUUUGAGAAAAAAGAAAUGCAUAGUAUUAUUACGAAUAUUAUUAUUUUUGAACGUAUUUUCUAUGUACCGGGUUCGCACAAGUGAUUCCUAUUUUCAUGUAGGAGCUGACUUCUCUCUCAUAUUUUGACGACUAUUCUAGACUCCAAUUCCCAAAUGAAAAAGAAGAAAGAAAGAAAAACUAUGCAUAAUCCAUGUAUAUUUAUUUAUUUAUUUAAAAGUGAAACG